AUGAUGGCCAAUUUGUCAAAUGAUAUUGAUGUUGAAAAUUAUCAGCUUUUAGUAGAAACAGUGAGUCGUCCAUUGAAUGAUCCAAAUAAUUUAAAUGAGGCACAAAGGAAAAGAGUCGAACAGUUGAAAACAACAGUAGCUGUAGCACCAAUUAAAACUGAAUACUUGGAUUUUGAUCAUGAAGUUAGAAUAAGUUUGCAAUGUAUGACUGAUAAAGAUAAAAGUCAAUUAAUUUCGAGCAACGAUCAGAGUAUUACAGAACAAAAACCAAAAAAAAUAAAAGGUCAAAAUCGAAAUCGUGCAUCAGCAAAUUUUCGUUCACUUGGUUCAACUGAAUCUCGACUAUGCUCAUUUGUUGUUCAUAAUACUCGUCCAUGUCCAUAUGCAUCAAAAUGCAAAUAUACUCAUGAUAAACAAAUUUAUUUAAAAACACGACCAAAAGAUGUUUCGUCACAAUGUUAUUUAUUUAGAAAAUAUGGACAGUGUCCUCAUGGACUGUUGUGUCGCUAUGGAACAGAACAUAUUGAUCAACAAACAGGUGAUAAUUUAACAAAUAAUGAAUUAUAUGAGAAAAUGAAAUCAACGUAUGCUCAAGAAACUAAAAAUAUUUGUCCAAUUAAAUUACGACAAUUAUUACGAAAAAAGAAAUAUAAUUUUAAAUUGGCAACACAAGUGACAGAUAUAGCAAAUAAAGUAAUUAAAUCAACAAAAGCAAAAAUAAUCAAUGGAACAGAAGAAGCUUCAAAUACGCUACCCUUUAGUUCAAGACAAUUGAUUAAUAUGGAAGAUGAAACGAUAAAAACAACAAAUGGACAUGAAAAGUCUGAAAUAGUCGUCGAUGAAGAUGAUUAUGGUUUAUCGAAUGGAACUGGCGAUAAUGAAGAAAAUAUUUCUAAUGUAAGAGAAUUAGAUAAUAUCGUGACAGAUAAACCAUUUCAAUCAACACCACUUCGUACAUUAGGCACAAUUACAGAUGAAGACAUGUAUCGAUUAAAACCACGUGAAAAGAAACAUAUUGAUUUUCGUAAUCAGUUAUAUUUGGCUCCGUUGACUACUGUUGGAAAUUUACCAUUUCGUCGUAUAUGUAAAGAAUUUGGUGCUGAUAUUACAUGUUGUGAAAUGACUAUGUGUACAAAUUUGUUACAAAGUCAACUCGGUGAAAUAGCACUGUUGAAACGACAUCAAAGUGAAAAUAUUUAUGGAGUUCAAAUAUGCAGUUCAUUUUGUGAUGUUUCUACAAAAUGUGUUCAAUUAUUAUUAGAAAAUUUUGAUGUUGAUUUUAUUGAUUUAAAUUGUGCAUGUCCAUUAGAUUCUGUUUUUAAGAAAGGAUCUGGAUGUGCAUUAACUCGACGACCAAUUGAUCUUGAACGAAUUGUACGAUCAAUGUCGUGUAUAUCAACCGUACCGAUUACAUUGAAGUUGAGAACGGGUGUACAUGAUAAUCAAAAUAAUGCUCAUGAAAUUAUUGAGAGAGUCAAACAAUGGGGUGAUCAUUGUGUUGACCUAUUUUCAAUUCAUGGUCGAUCGAGAGAACAACGAUAUACUAAAUUAGCCGAUUGGAACUAUAUUGAUCAAUGUGCAAAAUUAGCUGAUCCAAUUCCUGUUAUUGGUCUAGGUGAUAUUUAUAAUUUUCAAGACUAUUAUCAACGGCUAGAACAAACAAGUGUUACGGGAUGUAUGAUAGCAAGAGGAGCGCUAAUCAAACCAUGGCUAUUUACAGAAAUAAAAGAGCAACGCACAUGGGACAUAUCUGCCAGUGAACGAUUUGAAAUGUUAAAACGAUAUGCCAAUUAUGGAUUAGAACAUCAUGGUAGUGAUCAAGCUGGUUUGAAUAAAACUCGACGAUUCUUAUUGGAAUGGUUAUCAUUUUUACAUCGUUACAUUCCCGUUGGAUUGUUAGAAAGAGUACAAAAAAUCAACGAACGACCACCCUACUAUUUUGGACGAAAUGAUUUAGAAACAUUACUGUCAUCUACAAAUUGUUCAGAUUGGAUUAAAAUAACCGAAUUACUCAUAGGAAAAGUGCCCGAUGAUUUUACAUUUCUUCCAAAACACAAGGCCAGCUCAUAUAACUAG